UGUUUCUCUCCAGCGCUGGUCAUCGAGGAUAUACGUGACAGUCUCGUUAUCGGGACAGCAGCAGUGACUCCACUCUAAUCAUGCAGUUGUUGGAGGUGUUGUGUACGAUAACGUUGUUACUGUCGUUACUAGAACAGUCAGCAUAUGCAAAAAGGAGGACAUGUCCGAAUUUGUCCCUGCCAAAUGGUCGCGUGCGGAUGCAAGACAGGGACAGGGAGGCUCACUUCGAGUGUAAGAAGAACUAUACGAGACUGGGGGACGCGACUGCUGUGUGCAGGGGGUCGAAUAUAUGGAGCCAUCCCACGCCUAUAUGUAUAUCACGCGGUUGUCCCCCUCUUGGUGCUCUCCCUCAGAUGAAAGUGAAAAAGAGCUACAAUGGAGCCCUUUUCAAGUUUACCUGUCCAGUAGGAACCGAACGCACAGGACCGGAAGUCAUCACGUGCGACGGGCGAGAGUGGAGUGAAGAUCCCCCUACCUGCAACAGUUGGAAAUGUCCGAAGUUGUCUCUGCCAAAUGGACGCGUGAUGAUGCCGAGAGGGGGCAGGCUGGCUAAAUUUAAGUGUAAGAAGAGAUAUACAAUACUGGGGGACAAGUCUUCCAAGUGCCAGCGUUCGAAUACGUGGAGCCACCCCACGCCUAUAUGUAUAUCACGCGGUUGUCCCCCUCUUGGUGCACUUCCUCAGAUGAAAGUGAAAAAGAGCUACAAUGGAGCCCUUCUCAAGUUUACCUGUCCAGUAGGAACCGAACGCACAGGACCGGAAGUCAUCACGUGCGACGGGCGAGAGUGGAGUGAAGAUCCCCCUACCUGCAACAGUAUCAACACAAUGGAGUGUGACUUUGAGAAGGGUAUCUGUGGGUGGGGCCAGGAUACCUUUGACAACUUUGAAUGGACGAGAAUGUCGGGAGCCACGUCCACAAGGGGUACAGGACCUCCCGGAGACCACACCACUGGCUCAGGAUUCUACUUGUUUAUGAAGAGUUCGAGUCCAAGGAAGGCGGGGGAUACUGCCCGACUUAUCUCGCCCGAAUACCCACCCACACUCCGGAACAUGUGCUUUGAGUUCUGGUACCACACGAAAGGACCAUCGAACGACGACGCUGUGGGAAGCCUGGAAAUAUAUAUCCUACCCUAUACAGCCAACAUUGAGGAAAGUGAACCCAAGUUUUACCACCAUCGGAACCAAGGAAACGAGUGGCACCGCGGACUUGUGAAGAUCCCUGACCAUGACCACAAAUUCAAGAUCGUGAUAGUUGGGACAAGAAAAGGGGCGUAUGCCAGCGACAUCGCCAUUGACGAUCUCCGGAUGUUCAACUGUUCAGAAGUGACUACAACAACGAUGCAAACAACAACAACAACAACAAAACGAGCAACCAGGAUGACUGUAAAAACAGGUGGGAAAUGUCCGAAGUUGUCUCUGCCAAAUGGACGCGUGACGAUGCGGAAAGAGGGCAGGCUGGCUAAAUUUAAGUGUAAGAAGAGAUAUACAAUACUGGGGGACAAGUCUUCAAAGUGCCGGCGUUCGAAUACGUGGAGCCACCCCACGCCUAUAUGUAUAUCACGCGGUUGUCCCCCUCUUGGUGCUUUUCCUCAGAUGGAAGUGGAAGACAGGUACAAUGGCGCCCUUCUCAAGUUUACCUGUCCAGUAGGAACCGAACGCACAGGACCGGAAGUCAUCACGUGCGACGGGCGAGAGUGGAGUGAAGAUCCCCCUACCUGCAACAUGACUACAACAAUGAUGAAAACAACAACAACAAAACGAGCAACCAGUAUGACUGUAAAAACAGGUAUUACCGACAGCGUUAUGACUGCAGACCGUGUCAGAUCCACAACUUCUCCCGCUAGCACACGCGAGAUGGCCAAGAACGUCACCAUAGAAAUAGUGCCCCCUGGUGAAACGACUUUGCCUGUACCAUCGACAACGACUGCUAAACCUGUGACAACUUCAUCUGUGGGUCCGACUACCACAACUGUUGUCACUACAUUACAAACUACACCAACAAUGUCAAGCAUAUCAGCAACAUCUACAACUUCUACCACUACGAAGAUGACAACACCGCAACGACAAACUUCGACAGUGAGUAAGCUCACUUCCAACACAAAGGCUCCAACUGUCACAAUGACGUCAACUCCAUCUACGCAACGGCCAACGUCAACUUCCACAUCCUCGGCAGUGACAUCAGUCUACAGUUUCACCAGCAAGGCCAAAGCGAACGCGACUAACGGCACCGUCACCACUUACGAAGGUGGGACAUGUCCGAAGUUGUCUCUGCCUAAUGGUCACGUGGAGAUGCAGGUGCGGGGCAACUUUGCUUACUUCAAGUGCAAGAAGGGAUAUACGAUACUGGGGGACGAGUUUGCGGCGUGCCGGAGUUCGAAUACGUGGAGCCAUCCCACGCCUAUAUGCGUAUUGACUACAACAAUGAUGAAAACAACAACAACCAAACGAGCAACCAGUAUGACUAUAAAAACAGGUAUUACCGACAGCGUUAUGACUGCAGACCGUGUCAGAUCCACAACUUCUCCCGCUAGCACACGCGAGAUGGCCAAGAACGUCACCAUGGAAAUAGUACCCUCCGGUAAAACGACUUUGCCUGUACCCACGACAGCGACUGCUAAAUCUGUGAAAACUUCAUCUGUGAGUCCGACUACUACAACUGUUUUCACUACAUUACAAACUACACCAACAAUGACAACCAAAUCAGCAACAUCUACAACUUCUACCACUACGGAGAUGACAACACCGCAAAGACAAACUUCGACAGUAGGAUCUUCAGCGAAGCUCUCUACCAACACAAAGGCUCCAACUGUCACAAUGACGUCAACUCCUGCCACAUCUACAACUUCUGCGCCUACAUCUCCGCAACGGCCAACGUCAACUUCCACAUCAUCGGCAGUGACAUCAGUCUACAGUUUCACCAGCGAGACCAAAACGAACGCGACUAACGGCAACACCACCCACGAAGCGACUACAACAACGAUGCAAACAACAACAACAAAACGAGCAACCAGUAUGACUGUAAAAACGGGUAGUACCGACAGCGUUAUGACUGCAGACCGUGUCAGCUCCACAACUUCGCCAAACGUCCAGAACGUCACCAUAGAAAUAGUACCCUCCGGUAAAGCGACUUUGCCUGUACCCACGACAACGACUGCUAAAUCUGUGACAACUUCAUCUGUGGCUCCGAUUACUACAACUGUUUUGACUACGUUGCAAACAACACCUACAACGACAAGUACAUCAGCAAUACAUACAACUUCUACCACAACGAAGAUGACAACACAGCAACGACAAACUUCGACAGUAGGAUCUUCAGCGAAGCUCUCUACCAAUACAAAAGCUCCAACUGCCACAAUGAUGUCAACUCUUGUCACAUCUACAACCACUGCUCCUACAUCUACACAACAGCGAAAGCCAACUUCCACAUCCUCGACCGUUACAUCAGUCUUCAAUUUCAGCAGCAUGGCACAACCGAACGUGACCAAUGGGAAGGUCACCCCCCACAAAGGGGAGUCUCAUGUCACGCACCGGCUACACUCAAUGUCACCGCGUCCGGAUGGAAAUAUUAAGUCCUCAGGUGACGAUGACCAUUUUACCGGAACUAUUGAAAAUGAUAUCACUACGCCAUCUACGUCUGGUAAAGGCACGACAUCAACAAUACCUCCCGUUGUUCCAGCAGUAGCGGAUGUAAGGAACACUUACAAAGCUUCAGGAGAAAGGGUUAUGUCCCUUAUUAUCGGGAUCUCUGCUGGUAUUAUUAUGGGGAUGAUUGUGACUGACAUUCUUGCAUGGCUGUGGACACGCAACCAACGAAGAAACAAAGACCCUGAAAAUGCAGAGGAUGAACUAAACAUGCACACAGCGUCAGAUGCUGCGAUAAAAAAUACUUAAUAUAAAUGAUUACAUUAUGAAUUGAGAUUUAAUGUUCAAUUAUUUUGUUGAAUUUGAAGCCAUUUUUUCACAGUGGUGUUUGGGUACAAGGAACACUCCAAAUAUAUUGAAUACUUUUGUUUGUUAAAUGCGUUCAGCAAACUCAGCAUGUGAUGAUGGUGAAAACAGAAAGUAAUUGAAAAGAACGUUGAGAACAUAGGACUAUUUAGUGUAUUUAGCAAAUACAUUAACAUCGGCUUAAAACAUAUCUGUGACGUCAUUCUGUUGUUUAAACGCUCUAUUUUUCAGGCAUAGAGGAUUGUUUGUCAAUUACACAUAAUCUUGAAACAACAUUUCAAAAACUUUGCACUUGGAAUUAACUGAAUGUUUUUUUAAUUUUUCUAACAGAUGAAUAAUUUCAAAUAUUGUCGGAAAACAUGUGUCGCCAGCGGGGUUCGAACCCGCAUCGUUUGAUUUGAGGACGUGUAACUGUCUACACUCAGCUACGGUAACACGUGAAGGUAUGGUUUGAAAUUAACUAUUAAAUAUUCAAUAAUUUUGCAUUAUGCUUAAAAGCUCAAAACCAUUAUGCAUAUGUAUAUAAUGUUGUAUAAGAGCAGGUUACCUUUAGCAAUGUUCAUAUUUAUAGCAAUUAGAUAACCUUCAGGUAAAUUCAUGUAUAUUUACCAUGUGCUAGCCAUUGAUGAUAUACUAGUCAAUGGCCCCCCAAAUAUGAAGUGCCGUGCACCAUGCAUAGUCAAUAUCAGCUCGCGACGGAGCUUGGUACACGUCCAACAGCGGCAGAGAACGCAUUCCUCGUGCAAGGGCGACUCACACAGUAUAAAUAUAGACUCGAGAGUUCUGGUAUAUUUUUCAAAUAUUUUCACACACGAGAAUAGUUUGUCAAAGCGUAAAAGUAGGGAUGUGUUUUAAGUAAGGGAAUAUCUCGUAACUCUUUAUUCCUUAACAAUAAUGGGCCCGGGCUCCUGCAGGGCCUCUUCCCCUCCACGUUAUCUACUGAUUUUUUUUUGUUCCUGCCACGUGUUUCUGGGACUACAUUUCACAUCAUUAGUAAUCGCUGACCGGCAUGCUAUUGACGAUAAGACCGCCUCCGUGGUCUAGUGGUAGAGCGUCGGCCUUCAGAGAGGAAGGUACCAAUACAUGUUAAAAGAUGAUACUUGUUGUUACCCUGUCUGGUGCUCGGCAUUCAGGGGAUAAGACAAGGACUGGUCGGCUCGGAGUCAGUGUACUGUAUCUGAGUGGGGUAUUUAUUUUAAACUGCGGCAUGGUAUCUCAGUGGGCUAGCGCUGUAAAUCGGCACUGUUCCAGUACAAGCCGCCACACACACACGUACACGUGCAUGCACGUCUUUUUGUAUGAUGCGGCCGGGAAUCGAACCCCGAACCUUCCGCUCUCCGAGCGGACGCUACGCUCUACCACCACUUCACGGAGGCGGUCAUUCACAAUGAGUUAAGUGAAACAAUGUACAGAUGUAUUCCUGGUGCAUGCUCUCCUUGCUUUAUAUCAAUAUUUCUUUUAUCUUGAUCGUCAUAUUUUUUUUAUCCUACGUAUUAAGCUAACAUUGGAACGUUCAUAAACACAACUGUAUAACUUAAUAUCUUGAGACUUCAAAAUGUUACCUCUUUCAAUGAAAUCAGUAUGACAUUUUUGACCAUACGCCAAGUUGGAAGGGUUGAACAAUAUAUAUAUAUGGUAUUCUGAAAUGGAAGGCUGACCUAGGGACAAGUCUAAUACCUAGCUACAGAAAGAAACUUGUCAAAAUCUCGGACGUGUUUUCAUUUUAUGUAUUAUUCCUACUAUACAUCAUUGUCUUUAUACAUGGAACCAUUUCACUCAGCAGCAAAGUGAAAGUGAAUUAGUUUUUUGAUUAUUAUUCAUUAGGGCUAUUUUAUAUACAAAUUUUUAGUAAAAAAUAAUAUGGUUUUAAAUGUGGCAUAUUCUUUUCUGGGAACAAAUUUAAAUAGUUGUAGAAAAUAAUACACCAAAUCAUUAAAACCAAAUUGUCAAACAAUUAUCCACCAUUUGACUUAAGGGGACUAUGGUAUUUUUUUAUCAAUUACUGGUCAAGUUAAAGUGUCACUGAAGGCAAAUACACAUGGACGCUUGUUGCAGAAGACAUCCGUCGUUGGAAUGUGACAAACGGCCAAAUGUAUAGAAGUCACAAUUUGUUUUUUAUUGCCUUCAUUGUGUGAGACAGUUUGUGCACAUCGUGUUUGAUAUAUUAUUUCAAAUAUGUUCUCAAUAUACAGUAAAACCUCGUUACUCCGGACCCCUUUAAACUGGACUGUCCUUCUUCAGAGGGAACAUCUUAGCACCGCCAAUAUAUAUGUGAAGGUAAAUUACUCCAUUGCCGAAUUACUUGCUAAUCUGAAAGCUGUUAAUCUUGAAGAUUUCAUUGGGUAAGUAACCCCCGGAUUAACGAGGUUUGGGAUCAUUCUAUUUCAGCUUUUGGUAGCCUGUGCUAAUGUAUGUCAAUAGCAGUGUAGUUGCGACAACAAUACAUGAUUCACCCUGCAAAGACAAGUCAUGUACUUAGAAUUACAUAUUGUGGAACAGUUGAAUCAUUUCAUAGAUCAUAGGCAUAGCAUGAGACUAUUACGUUACCAUAUGAAACAAAACACCAUACACUGCUAUAGGAAUUACUACAGUUACAAUUGCAUCACAUGUUUGUGUCACUUCCUAUGUGUAAGGUUACGGCCAUGGAUCAAGCUUGUAAUUGUUUGUUCUAUAUUUUGAGCACUGUAAUUGUACACGAGACGGGGCGUUUCCUUUUGUAUACCAAGUUUCUUCACUCGUAUGAGUGGAAUAUGACCAUGGUGUAACCUAUUUAAGGAAAUAAAUGCAUGAAAAACUGAG